AUGAUCUUGCUAAAUUUUCUUAUAUUUGUCCAAUUUGCUUGCUCAUUCACUAUCCUCCCAUUCAAAAAUGAAAUCAAGCCCAACCUCAAAUACCUCGCCUACCAAUCUGGUACCAGAUACAUUGAAACAGUAGAUUCACUCUCACAAAUCAACCCCAAAAGACUAUUCAAAUAUGGUGUUAUAAAACUAGGAAACAACUCAGCAGUCUUCAGCGAAGAACUUGCAUAUUCCACCAUGUCAGCCAAUUACAUACCCGUGUAUGAAAAGCACCAAGACUACUCAAAGCUAAAACACAAAAAGCAUAAAUACUACGAAGUAAGUUACGACGACGCCAGAGCAGUGAUAGAAAUAAGCAAGUGGAAACCCAUUGGGAAGUGCGUGAUUAACCAUUCCAAUGAAACGGCGGUUUAUAGUCAAGGUUGGCAGAUCGAUAUCAGUUCAAGUUUGAAUUUCAGGAUUGACUUUGCAGCUUUAAUAACUACAUUUAGACCAAACGCCAAAUCAGAACUAGCACUAACGAAAUCGAUCGGUGGCGGGCUAAGUUGUGAUGUGGAGCCUGGCAACUCGUUACAAUUUGCCUUGAUAACUGAACUGUAUAAAAUCACUGGUGUGAAACAGCGAGAAAUUAAAAUAACCAUGUUUGGUCUAAAGGCAGAACCAUGGGAGGAGGUGCCACCCUUCACACGCAUAAACCGGAAAAACAUCCAAGUUGCAUGUUUUACCGAUAAUCAACUAGAAACAUGUGAAGAAGACGACUUCUAAACAUUUAUAUAUAUAUAUUUUUGUGUGUGUGAGAAUCUAUAUAGAUAAACCUAUUAUUCAUCAUCUUUCAAGUCACUACCAGUUAAAACAAAUGGUUCAGGCAUAGGAGCUUCUGAAAUAUUCAAUUGUCUAACCGUCUUGAUAUAUUCAACCUUUUCUUCCGGUUUGGUGUCUUCCAACACUAUUAUACCACUGGAACCUCUAUACUUUCUAACUGGAACAAAUCGGUCAUCCUUGAUAAACGAAAUGUAGUUUGACUGUAAUGGCAACACUCUAGUCAAGUUUUCAAUCUUGUAUGGGGUCUUGGAAUAACGAACUUGAACAGGUUCAUCGGAUGGUUUGGUUUCCUUAGGCUUGUCUUCAGACUUGUUAGCAUCUUCAGUUGUUGUCUUCUCAGUCUUGGCCUUGUCAUCUUCAUCAACAUCCAUCUUGUCCUUUUCGUCAUCAUGUUUCUUGGAUUGCUUCUUCUUAGCUCUAGUCUUAGCCUUAGCAGUAGUGGACAAUACAGCGGUAGCCAACUUAUCUGGUUGUUUCUCCUUGGCUUCUUCAACCUUGGCUGGAUAUUGGAAGUAAUCACCAUUGGCAUGACAAUUGAGUUCAAAUUUAGGAGCCUUCAAAUCCCCAGUAACACCAAUGAUUGAAGUUGGAGUAAAUGAUAAUGAUAAAAAGUGAGCCAAUGGGAACCAAUACCAUGAUUGGACAAACAUAGUCAACCCAACAAUAGCCUUAAUGUUUAACGUGUUGGUUUGGGUAUUUUCCAAAUUAAUAGUGACAUUUCUACCACCAGCAUCUAUUAUACCUUGGGCUAAAGUAGCACCAAACUUGGCCAACGCAUCUUCGUGUUUAUUCUUAAUGGUGUCAGCAUACUGCUUAGUAAACUGUUUAACCUUUGGAUAAAUAAAUUCAUUUUGCUGAAUUAAAAUCAUGGCAGUAGCCAUUAAUGCACUUUGUCUGACAAAGUCAACAGGAUCUUUAGUCAAUGGUUCCAAUACUUCAAUAGCGGGUGCAUAUGCCUUACCAGCACAUGAAAUACCUAAGGCCAUAGCAGUACCAUAUCUGACAUGAGGGUUGUGGGACUGGGAUAACAAUUGGACAAUUUGUGGAGCAGCGGUAUAAUCACGAAUAAGAAUAAAACCCAAACUCAACACAGAAGCUCUUCUAACGUCGUCACUUGGAUCAGACACAGCAUAAUGCAACAACUUCUUAAUGGCACCAUUGUUACCGGUUCCAGCAUAUGCCAAAGCAAUGGUAAAUGCCCCACCAUAUCUUAAAAUUGAAGAUUCUUGACUCAAUAAUUUAUCAAUGGUUUCAUUGGCUUUUUCUUCACGGCCAUAGUUCAACAAUGCAAUACCAAUAGCUAACCCACGAAUAAUAUUUUCAUGCUGGGUUUCAAGAGCAUAAGUCAACAUAUCAUGAAUGGCACUUUCAUUACCAGAUCCCAACAUAACCAAUCCCAUGGCAAAUGCAGCAGCCUGACUUGAAAUUGCCGAGUCUGAAUACAAGACAACCUUCAAAGAUUCAUAAAGCAGCUCACUUCCAGUGGCCAUACCGGCAACACCAGCACCUAAACAAGCACCAUGCAACAUGACAUCGUUAUCAUUGGAACCAGCAGCAUUUCCGUGCUCAUCAAUAAAUGAUUUCAAAUUACCAAUAACUUCUCUUCCAUGACCGGCAUAAAUCAAUCCCAAAGCAAAUAAGGAACCACCUUUGGUAUGGGCAGCACCAGAAGAAUUAGGCAAGUAUGGUUUCAAAAUGUUACGACCUUGGGACAAGUUACCCUUGUGAAUAACACCAAGAGCAGCAGUGGCAGAGAAUUUAGACCAAUUAGUAGCACGUCCCAACCAUUCCAAAUUCUUUCUAAAGAAUGAAUCAUCGGUGGUCCCGGCAUGCAUAAAUGCAUUGGCAAAAGUAACUGCAGAAUGGAAAAUAGAACUUCUUCCUUCCAACAAGUUCUUGGUCUUGUUCAAGAUGGAGAUAUCAGUGUUGUUGUUCUUAAACAAAAAGGUAUUGUCUAAAUCGCAGGUUGGAACUCCGGACAAGAUGUUCAAAAGCUUCUUGGCAACCACGUUGGUAACUGGGUCAAAAUCUUUAGAUAAUUGGUUAAUGACGGUAUCGAGUAAUUCUUGAGAUGCUGCAUUGACCAAAUCAAAAGCCGCUUGAUAAGCAAUCAAAUCUUCGUCUUUAUUUAUCAAUUCUUGGAACAAUUUAAUCGCUAUGCCUGAGUCAUUCAAUUGAAGAAUAAUCUUAACGAUGGUGAAAAAAUCUUGAUGCUUCUUUAAAGUCAACAAUAACGCAAUCAAUGAGUUCAAAACUUGGGUUCUGAAUGAAGUAUUGGCAAUUGUGGUGCUAGAACAAACCAAGACAUAGUUUAUCAAAGCCAAUCCGUGUUCUUCGCUCAAUUCAAUUUGAUGGUUCAAAAUAGAUUCAACAACAUCCAAUCUAUACGAUUCCAAUGCUAUACCAAGGAUCAACUUGACUUCGUUGGAGUUCAAACACUUUUCCAACAUCUUCUCGAAAAUUCCAGUCAAACGAGGAUCAAUUUCAACCGAAGGGUCAGAAAACUUCUUUUGCGACAAUGACUUGUAAAGGUUGAUACAUUGACUGACAAUAGUUUCCAUAUAUUGAGACUUUUCGGCGAUGUUGAAUUCGUCACCAGCAUACAAUGAAUAUUUCACUGAGGUGUCGAAAUCACCUAAGUUGUAGUACACCUUGGAAAUGAUCAAGGCAGCCAUUUGUCUCUUUUCAAAUGACUCGUCUUCAUACAAUUCUUCCAAGUCGGUGAUAUGAUUGGCGAUUUCUGCCCAUAAUUGAUCAACCACUUGGUUCAAUGAAGACAAUGCAUAAGAUUUCAAGCUGUCGUCUUGUUCACUUAACAAUGCCAAGUAUGGGGCUGCAGAUACCAAUGCCAUGUUUGUAUUUGUUUUGUUAUAUACUUAACUUUUGCGUAGGUUUCUUGUUUUUUUCAGAUUGGAUUGUCAAGUAGCUUGAUGAAUACGGUGUAUGCGGUGGUUUUUUGGGUGAUUGUUUAAUUGAUGUUGGUUGUGUUGUUCUAAAGUGGCAACCAAUUUGGCCAAACUUUUCUCACUGGUGUCGUUUUGUUGCCACCAGAAAAAAAAAAAAAAACAAUGCGUAUAUGCAGGAGGAUCUGAUGCU